AUGAACUGUUUACGAAAAUCCAGAGGCUGGAAGCCUCUCAGCAACCGUACAGCCAUUCGAAAUCUUGCUAGUGUUUCGCCCGCAGCCCCUGCAGCCAGGAACCACAAGAUUGUCGUUGUUGGAAACGGCUCCGCUGGUGUUGCAGUUAGUCAUCAGCUAUUGCGAAAAGGAAAAUUUGCAAAAGACGACAUUGCAGUCAUUGAUCCAGCAAAAUGGCAUAAUUAUCAGCCUGGCUGGACGCUUGUUGGUGGAGGUUUGAAAGACAAGAAGGCUCUCAGAACACCAAUGAAUGACUUGGUGGACGGAAAACUGAAAUUCUACAACAAGAGCGUUGCAUCAUUCAGCCCAAAUAACAAUUUAUUGACACUAGAGAGUGGUGAUGUGAUCCAUUAUGAUCAUCUUGUCGUUGCACCAGGCAUCAAGAUUGAUUAUGGCAGCGUCAAAGGCCUGUCCGAAGCAAUGAGCAAUCCAAACAGUCCUGUCGCAUCCAUCUACAGUUACGACUACUGUGACAAAGUCUUUCAAAAUAUCCAAAAAUUAAAAUCAGGCUCGGCAAUCUUCACCCAACCAGCCGGCGUGAUCAAAUGCGCCGGCGCACCACAAAAGAUCAUGUGGCUCGCACUGGACCACUGGAGACGAUCCGGCUUGUACCAAAACGACCGCAAAAAAUCCGCAAUAAACGUCACUUUCGCAACCGGCCUACCCACCAUGUUCGGUGUCCCAAAAUACAGCGCCAAGCUCGAUGCUCUACGCAAAGAACGCGGCGUCGAAGGCUUAUUCGAGCACGACCUCGUCUCAAUCUCCGGCAACACCGCAACAUUCGCUCGUCCAAACAACCAAGCCAACGUCCAGCUUCCCUUCUCCUUCCUGCACGUGGCCCCGAAAAACGUUCCCCAUGAGUUUGUCAAAGCGAGUCCUCUUAGCAACGAAGCCGGAUACGUAGACGUGGACCCGCAAUCCCUCCGCCACUUAAAAUACCCAAACAUCUGGUCCCUCGGCGACGCCGCAAACCUGCCCACAUCCAAGACCGUCGCAGCGAUAACAUCGCAAGCCGUGGUUCUCACACAAAAUGUUUUGCGUAGCCUAGAUGGCAAAGCCGCAAGCGAGGAGUAUGAUGGGUACACAUCGUGUCCGCUGCUGACGGGUGACAAGAAAGUGCUCUUAGCGGAAUUCAAGUACGGGGGUGUGCCUAAAGAGACGUUUCAGAGUUGGUUUGGGAUCGAUCAAGCGGUGCCACGGCGUGCGUUUUAUCAUCUCAAGAAGGAUUUUUUCCCCUGGGUGUACGAUCGGUUUCAUGUCAAGGGACAGUGGGGUGGGCCGAAGGGGUGGAUAUGGUAGGCCAAAUGUAUGUAAAAUGGAUGGCGAUGGUAGAGGCGUUUUGCUACGUAUACUUCUAGGUUUGUUCUCAUUUCCUAAACUGUACUCUUACUACACAAGGUUCAUAACAUAAGAUGUGCACAACUACAAAAUGAUACUUUCCGUCUUACU